AUGUCUGUUCGUGCCGAGAAGACCGUCGAGGAAAUAAAGAGCAUCCAGUUCACAAAGUGGCUUCUAACUCCUCUGGGAGUCUGGCCAUUCGUGAAGAGACAUUCGACACUAACCGAGAUUCGUCUGGGAAUCCUGCUGCAGCUGUUCUGCCACAGUUUGCUCGCGUUCGUCGUCGUCCCCUCAGUGUUUCAUAUAUUCGCACGUGAGAACGAUCUCAACGUGCGGAUAGCCCUAUUCGGACCAGUUGGAUUCGUGGUAAUGAAUCUCCUGAAGUACUGCGCAAUAAUUUACCACCGCGGUGGCAUCGGGAGGUGCAUCAGGUACAUAGAGAGCGAUUGGCGAGGGACACAGGAUCAAGAUCAUCGUGACAUAAUGAUGAAGAACGCGUCGACAGGACGAAAUUUGACCAUUUUAUGCGCAACAUUCAUGUACUCCGGGGGUAUGUUGUAUCACACGCUAAUGCCAUUCUUGCUGACAACUCCAAUAGCUGCGGACAAGAAUUCGUCGAAUCGACCAAUUGUCUAUCCGGGUUAUGACGCUGUAUUUGAUCCCUAUGUGUCACCGACGUAUGAAAUUAUAUUUCUCUCUCAUUGUCUCGCUGCAAUGAUCAUUUAUACGAUCACUACCGUCUCUUGUAAUUUGGCCGCUAGCUUUGUCAGCCAUGCUUGUGGGCAGAUUCAGAUUCUCGUUGCGAGACUUGAUCAUCUGGUCGACGAUGGACGAGGUAGGAGUGAGAAAUACUUGAAGAGGAAGAUUGGGGACAUCAUUCGUUAUCAUGCUGGAGUGCUCAGAUUCACCGUAGAUAUCGAGGAAAUUCUCCGCGAGAUCUGCCUCGUCGAAGUGGUGGCGUCUACCCUAAUCAUCUGCUUGCUCGAAUACUACUGUAUGACGACGUGGAGUGAGAGUGAAACUAUCGGGAUCUGUACAUACUUUAUUCUCCUGAUAUCACUGAGUUUCAAUAUUUUCAUAUUUUGUUACAUCGGAGAGCUCCUGAAGGAACAAUUCGGUGACGUUGGGACUUCGACCUACUUGACGGAAUGGUACCGACUUCCGCCAAAUUGUGGGCUCAUGUUGAUUCUGAUCAUUGCAACGGCCCAAGCACCUCGGAAAAUCACAGCUGGAGGACUGAUCGACCUGUCACUCAACAGUUUUGUCGGCGUGAUUAAAACAUCGUUGAUGUAUUUGAAUCUCUUGAGAACCGUGGAAACUUGAUCAAUUUGCACUGGAGAGCAGCUUUCAAUCGUCGAUGAAGCGAUGGAUGAAAUAUAUUUUUACAUGUGGUGAACCAUGCACGUUAUUAUAUUCAUU